UAACACGCGUUUAAUAUUUUGAUCAAUAUCGUUAUCAAAGUUGUAUUAGGUACAUUUAAGAUGAAUAAAACAACAUCUAAUUAUUGAAAUAAUUUCCAGUUAUAAAAAAAAAGUAUAUUGCAAUAAUAAUUACCUGUAUCUUUUUAAUGAAGAAGGCACAAGCGACAGCUAGUAGGUAUCAAUUAUGUACAUAAUGUUUUAUUCAAAUAAUAUCUAUCAAACAAUGAAUUUGAACAGGUGAUAUGUAUCAAAUAUUCAAAAACACAUGUGAGAUUUUAAGCUAAAUAAAAUAGGGUUUAUAAUCCAAUAACAUUUAAAUUACUUAUUUAGUAACAAGUUCUUUAAUUUUAAAAAGCAAUUUGCUAAAAAUUACUGUCUGAGGAAAUAAUAAGACAAUACAUUAAAAUGGAGUCAACGAUCGCAUAUCGGGCAUAAAAUUGUUAUAAACAGCAUUGUAAACAGGCUUAGUUUAAUCAUUAACACCUUUUAAAAUAAAGUAAGCUAUUGUCACAGUUACCGUACGUUAUAUAGAAGCGUAAAUAGCCUUCAAGUGCCUAAAUAAUUAUGAACCAUCCCGUUCAAGUGUAGUGUUUACCGAUGAGUAACUUAAGGUGCACAGAUAAUUAAUGAACAAUUUAAUAAAACAGUUGUCGUGUGCGAUGAGACCUCUGUUAUCGGAGCAGCCGAGAUGCGAGCGCCUCGCACGCGGCGCGCACUCAUAUCGCUCUUCAAUUUACAACCUGAUAUAAACAACUCUGGUUUUUGAAAACGACAGUCGGAAAGCCACGGAUUAAGUAGUCGCUAUCGGCCGUGGCACCGCAUACCAAGUGUUGUGUUGUGAGUGGUUCAAAUAGCAAACAGUGCCUUCACUUUUACUAACUCUCACUUUUAACAUGAGUGCAAGCGCGGUUAACACAUGCAGUACGAUUGACUUAACGAAAUCGAACAUACGGCUGACGGAUAACAAGGAAAAGGAGACAUGGCGGGAAAAAUUGAAACGCCAAUUGAAAAAGAUCAAGUACGUAUACCGCGAAACGACGGUCGAGCCAUGCUUGUUUACGUACAUGGUGUGCACGGCGCUCUCCUCCCUCGCGGUGCAAAAUAUGCACUUGGAAAAGUCGUGCAGAGUUAACUUCAACUACCCAGACGAUAUAUGCGAUCGUAUUAGAGACAGGAAUACAACGGGACUCAGUACUGAGUUGAAUAACGUACAAUCGUUAGUAGCUACGGUCGUAGCGUGGAAGUUCCCUCUGCAGACAGCCAUUCCCGCUGUUAUGGUAUUGUUUAUAGGUGCUUGGAGCGAUAAAACUAAGAAACGAAAGAUAUGCAUACUAUUCCCAUUUAUGGGGGAGAUAGUUGCCAAUAUAGGACUGUUAUUCGCUACGUAUUACUUUUAUGAAUUGUCGUUAACUGCUACUGCAUUAAUUGAAGCGUUGCCUCCGGCCUUCACCGGCAGCUAUAUUAUAAUAUUUAUGGGAAUGUACAGUUUCAUGACUGAUAGGACAACUGUAAAAAACAGGACGUUUCGUUUAGGUUUAGCUACGAUAUGUGUAAGCUUAGGGACUCCAACAGGGACUGCUUUGAGUGGAAUCGCACUGCAAGCGUUAGGGUAUUAUGGUAUAUUUUCUUUGAUCCUAGUAUUACACAUAUGUUCGUUUCUUUACGGUUUAUUUAGAUUAGAAGAUGUUUUACCCCAAGAAGAUGAUAGACAUUCAAUGGACUUAGAGACUCAUAGUUUAAGGAAAGUUGUGGAAGUGUUGAGUUUGGUAGCUAAUACUGUGAUGGUAGCUGUACGCCCUCGUGCUUUUGGGAUGAGAAAGCAAAUUUUAUCUGUAAUUGUUCUAUACCUUUUGAUGGUGGGACCAUUGUAUGGUGACUCCCAAGUUGGAUAUUUGUAUGCCAUUCGCAAAUUUAAUUUGGAUGAAGUGGAGUACAGCGUGUAUGGGACAAUUAAUAUGACAUUGGGUUUAACUGGAACGCUAUUCUGUAUCAGCAUACUGAGCAAAAAAUUUGACGUUCAAGAUAGUGUCAUUGGAGGUUUAGCUGGUGUGAGCAGGAUAGCAGCAUGCUUCGUCCUCACUUUCGCUCCCAAUAGAACCUGGUACUACUUAGCACCAGUCUUCAAUAUUUUCAGUUCUUCAGGCUUGACCGCUGUUCGCUCUAUUGCUACCAAGUCUGUACCUACAGAAGAAGUAGCCAAGCUUAGUUCAAUAAUGGGUGUGAUGGAGGCCCUCGCUCCCUCGAUAUACAUGCCCACAUCUAGCUUCAUUUACGUGUCAACAAUAGAAACCCUACCUGGCGCUUUUUAUUUGUUCGACGCUGCCCUUACGGUCUUCGCUUUAGGAUUAUUCAUAGUUAUUUAUAUUUUGGUGAAGAAAAGAAACGAAACACUAGUCACGGACCCCUGCAGAAAAGAAGAAUUCGCCCGAACAAAUGAAAUUUCGAGGUUCUAAAUAACUCGAAUAUUUUGUACAAACUAACGCUGUGCGUUGUAUUCGAUAAUGCCUUGUGUGUGGUGCAUGAUCUCAUCAGCUGGCUUAGACAAAUGGUAGACGAUUCUCAUCUAUUCAAUCUUAACAAUCACUUACCACAGAGUAUCACGAAAUACAAUUACAAUUGAAUUAAUUAGUCAAAUAUGCCAACAGUUUAGACAUAAAAGAAUGCACGUCUGUCGUUUAGAUAAAUACUAUAGAUAACAUUGACACAACGACGUCAUAGCCUGGCACUUGGCGUUAUGUUAUUUCUGUUUAGUUUCUAUUCUCAAAUUUCCGAAUUGUUUAACGUAUGCAUAUUAUAUCAAUAUCAAUCCCAUAUAUGAAAGGUUCUAGUCUAGUAUCUGUAGCAUUUGUCUAGACCUGCAAGAAGCCUGGUUAUAUUUGAAGAAAACAUUCUCAAUAUCUAUUAUAAAAUCAGAAUAGAAAACUCUAGACUUUUCUGUAGUUGUUUAUUUUUACUUAACUGCAUGAAAAUGUUUAUUGAUGAACUGGAUAGGCCAAUUCCUGAUAAAAUUAAAAAGUAACGGAUUCUAUCCACUAAAUGAUCUGAAUCAGUGUGAGAAACAUACGAGAUCAGAAACACACAAGGGCCUCUAGGCCAUUCUAUGUUUCUCACCGCUUAAAAAUAAUAACAUUGACGUAGUAGAUACAUUGUCGUACGAAAUAUAAGCCAAAUAAUGAUUAAGUAAAGAUGAAUAAUAAUUUACAAUGGCUCCUUUUUAAUUUUGAGAAAUUUAACUCAAAGUUUUAUCGCGUUAUUAAUGCUAUUGUCUAAAGAAACUUUUCUCUUAAUCGCACAAUGAACUUAUUACUUUCACGGUAAGUUUGACACUUUUUGCUUUGUGAAAGUAUAAUUACGAUUGAUAGUUUGAAUUUUAAUCAUCUAAAACGCUUACAAACUUUUUGAAACUUAAACUUAAGCUUAACCUCUAAUGUUUUAAAUAAUAUAAACUCCUUUGUGUCAGCCCAUAAAUCUCCACGGCGUUUUUAUUUUUUUUAAAGAACACGUGCCAGACAACAAAUGCACCAUAAAAAAUCGGUUCGCCAUGGUGACAUCCUAUGAGGAUGACAGGAUUUAUAUCCUGCCUUAUGGCUUAUGGCUAAGCCUUAUGGCUUAUAAUUUCAAACUUUCAUAAUUUUUAUUAGUUCAAGAUACAAACUUCAAAAUUUGUUUGUGAAUUAACCAAAGAUAACAACCUUUUAAAGGAUUUGUUCCUAUAAGGUAUUAUGCAAUUAUGUUUAAAAGGCAAACUAAUGAAUGUCGAUAAAUAUUGCUAUUAUUAAAAAUCUAUAUGUAUUGUACAUAACUGAACGAAAUAAAUAUAUAAAGUAUUUUAACGUCUUUGUCCAAUGAUAAAAUCACAGUGAGGUUAUAAGGAAAAUGUGAUAAGUCAUUAUAAAUAUGACUAUUUAUAUUAAAUACAAAAAACUUGAAACAACUUUUAAGUUAUUUGUUACUUGUUAAUAUUAUUUAAGGUACAUUUGAUUAAUAAUAAUAUUACUAUGUAAUACGUUAAAUUAGCAUAAUUGAUGGUGCAUAUUGUACCUCUAAUAAAUGUA